AUGUCUAAUAUCAGAAAAGUUCUUUGUUGGAGGCAGAAGAGAAGAGAAGGAGUGGGAACAAACAAGAAGUCGAUUCCCUUCAACAAGCAGGACUACCAGAGCCUGAAGCAGAGGUGUCUGGUGAAAAAUACCCUGUUCUGUGACCCGACCUUCCCUGCUGAAUCCAACUCUCUGGGAUACGAUGAACUCGGACCGCAGUCCUCCGAGACCAGAGGAGUGCAGUGGAAGAGACCUAAGGAGCUCUACUCAAAUCCUCAGUUCAUUGUGGACGGCGCUACGCGGACAGACAUCUGCCAAGGAGAUUUAGGUGACUGUUGGUUGUUGGCAGCUAUUGCAUCUUUGACUCUGGAAAAUGAGUUUCUGGAACGUGUAGUUCCACAUGGACAGAGUUUUACAGAGAACUAUGCCGGCAUCUUUCACUUUCAGUUCUGGCAGUUUGGUGAAUGGGUGGAUGUGGUCAUUGAUGACCGGCUGCCCACCAAAGAUGGGAAGCUGCUGUUUGUUCAUUCAGCCGAGGGCUCUGAGUUCUGGAGCGCCCUGUUGGAAAAGGCCUAUGCAAAGCUAAAUGGCUCAUAUGAAGCUCUGACGGGAGGCCGGGCCACUGAGGGUUUUGAGGAUUUCACUGGAGGCAUCGCUGAGAGCUAUGAGCUGACCAAAGCUCCUCCACACCUGUUUAAGCUCAUGCAGAAAGCACUGACGCUGAGAUCAUUAAUGGCCUGCUCCAUUUCUGUGACACAUUCGCAGGACACAGAGACGAAGACAAGUCUGAAGCUGGUGAGGCGUCAUGCCUACUCUGUCACAGGCGCAAAGGAGGUUCAUUCUUACGGCUGUCUGGUUCAGCUGGUGCGUAUCAGGAACCCGUGGGGUCGGGUGGAGUGGAUAGGCUCUUGGAGUGACAAUUCCAAAGAGUGGAAUAGCAUCCAACCAGAGGAGAAAGCUAAACUGUUUUAUUCAGCAGAAGAUGGAGAGUUCUGGAUGGCAUAUUCGGACUUCAUACAGCAGUUCUCGAGGUUGGACAUCUGUAAUCAGACUCCAGACGCCCUUUCAAGUGCCACUGUGAGCUGCUGGAACUACAGCCAGUUUGAAGGUGACUGGAGGGUGGGAUCCACCGCAGGGGGCUGCAAGAACAAUGAAGCUACAUUCUGCUCAAACCCUCAGUUUGUAAUCAAGCUGGAGGAAGAAGAUGAUGAUCCUUAUGAUGGAGAGGACGGCUGCACGAUCCUAGUGGGUCUGAUGCAGAAAGAUUUUCGUAAAGACAAGCAGAUUGGACGAGACCCGAACGCCAUUGGCUUCAUUAUCUAUAAGGUUCCAGAUAAGUUUAAGGGUUGCAAUAACAUUCAUCUCGGUCCUGAUGUAUUGCUGCGUCAGCGGUACACUGCACGGAGCCACCCCUUCACCAACAAGCGAGAGGUGAUUGAGCGCUUCAAACUGCCUCCGGGUGAAUACGCCAUCAUCCCUUCCACUUACGAGCCGCAUUGCAACGGAAGCUUCAUACUGCGCGUGUUCACAGAGAAAGAGGCUGCUGCCAGCCCGAUGGAUACGGAGAUCAGUGCAGACGUGGAAAAGCAAUACAUAUCCGAUAGUGAUGUGGACCCACAUUUCAAACAACUUUUCAAUCAGUUUGCUGGAAAUGACUCAGAGGUGUCUGUGUUUGAACUAAAGCAGAUCCUGGACAGUGUUGUCUCGAAACGAACUGAUGUGAAGACCGAUGGCUUUAGUAUGGAAACCUGUCGCCACAUUAUCAGUCUGCUAGAUAGAGACGGGGACGGCAAACUCGGCUCUGUGGAGUUUCACAUACUGUGGAUAAAGAUCCAGAAAUAUUUGGAGGUUUUUAAGAAGCAUGAUACAGACAACUCCGGCACGAUGAGCUCCCAUGAGAUGAGAGAUGCGGUGAAAGAAGCAGGGUUCCAGCUGAACAUUGACGUUCUUCAGGUGAUAGUCUCGCGUUAUGCCAAUCAGCAGUAUGCCAUUGACUUUGAUUCCUUCGUUGGCUGCCUGAUUCGCCUGGAAAUGCUCUUCAAAAUGUUUGAAGCAUUUAAUAAGAAGAACACCGGGAAGAUUGAGCUGGAUAUCCUGCAGUGGCUCUGCUUGGCUCUCAGUUGAAAAUCCACUGAUCAUAACUGCAUCAGAAGUCCAUUCAUUGAACUGA